CCUCUGUAUCUUCUUGCCACCAAAGUUGUAUAUAUAUAUUUUGAACGAACCUCUGUAUCUUCUUGCCAAACACAGUGUCUUCUCCUCCAAAGUUCGGGUUUAAAGAUGGCGAUAAACGAUGAGCUUUUGGAGCAAGUAUACCAUGAGAAUUGUCCAGGCUGUAAAGUGGAACGUGAUAAACGGAUCCGAACCGGGUAUCCCAUCAAAGAGCUCAUUUCUAUAUGGGUCGUGGUGCUAUGUGUUGCACUGCCGAUAUCAUCUCUCUUUCCAUUUCUUUACUUCAUGGUAAGGGAUUUUAACAUCGCGAAGAAAGAAGAGGACAUUAGUUACUAUGCAGGUUUUGUUGGGUCUGCAUAUAUGAUUGGACGUGCACUUACAUCUGUCUUUUGGGGAGUAGUAGCUGAUCGUUAUGGUCGAAAACCAGUUAUUCUUUUGGGCACUUCAACAGUGGUUAUUUUCAACACAAUUUUCGGUUUUAGUGUCAACUAUUGGAUGGCUAUUAUUUCGAGGUUUCUUCUUGGUUUCUUAAAUGGGCUACUUGGACCUAUAAAGGCAUAUGCAUGCGAAAUUCUCCCAGCGGAACAUCAAGCUUUAGGAUUGUCAGCUAUUAGUACAUCAUGGGGGAUAGGACUGAUCGUUGGUCCGGCUUUGGGAGGUUUCCUUGCACAGCCUGCAGAGAAAUUUCCAAGUCUAGUAUCUCCUGAUUCUCUAUUUGGGAGGUUUCCGUACCUGUUGCCUUGUCUUACCAUCUCCAUUUUCGCCCUUCUUGUGACUAUUGGUGCAAUUUGGCUUCCGGAAACACUACACUUCCAUAAAAAGAAUGAGUUGGAGUCUGCGGAUGCUGACGAAAUAACAAAGGAAAAAGAUUCUAAUUUGAUGAGCCUCCUUAAGAACUGGCCCUUAAUGUCUUCUAUCAUUGUCUAUUGUGUUUUCUCUCUUCAUGACAUGGCUUACACUGAGAUUUUCUCAUUAUGGGCUGAGAGUCCUAAGAGUUUGGGGGGACUCAGCUAUACUACUGCGGAGGUUGGCACGGUCUUAUCCAUCACAGGGUUGGGCCUUCUCGUUUUCCAGACUGCAUUAUAUCCAAUUGCAGAGAGGAUAUUUGGGCCCAUCACGGUAGCUCGCAUCUCAGGGGUUUUGUCUAUACCCCUACUCACAACUUAUCCAUACAUAGCGUUGUUAUCUGGCUUCAUGCUCGCCUUUACAUUAAAUUUAGCUUCGGUAGUGAAGAACGUUUUAUCAAUCUCCAUCAUAACUGGGACAUUCAUACUGCAAAAUAAUGCUGUGGAACAACAUCAGAGAGGUGCAGCCAAUGGUAUUUCCAUGACUUUGCAAUCAAUUUGCAAAGCAAUUGGUCCAUCAUGUGGAGGAGCACUUUUGUCAUGGUGCCUGAAGAGACAAAAUGCAACAUUUCUUCCUGGUGCCCAUAUGAUAUUUUUCCUCUUGAAUAUAAUUGAGGGACUUGGAGUUCUAUUGACGUUCAAGCCGUUUUUAAUCACAAACCAUAACUAGUAUAGAGCACUCGAAUCCGGGUUGAUUCUAGGGGAAUCCAAGGACUAUACCCUAGUAGCCAAAACGAUAUUAGUCAUUUGUAGGUUUCGAACGCCAUUCAUUUUCUCAAGGGUUAAAUAGCUAAAAGUAAAGAUUAAUACAGAUCAUGUUGUGUUGUGUGGCAUUGAUGAUAGUGAUCUGAUGAAUAUACAAGACAAGGGUCUUGUUUUGUCUAUAGUUUGUUGAAAAUAAGAAAUAGACAAAAAAUUAUUUGGUAAGUAA